AUGUUUGGGUUCAAGUAUCCUUCAAUUUGUGUUACAUGUUCCGAUGUCAAGCUGCAAACAACAGUCACUGUUCUACCUGGAAGUACUCUUGCUGUGGAUGCUCCAAAGGAGAUGCUGACAAAUGUUCCUCUUCCCUCUCAAGGAUUUAGCUUUUCUGUGAAGUUCAGUGGCAUAAAUGACAAGAUCAAGAUCAACGCCAUAGGAAGCAGUAAAGGAGCUCCAUAUGACUGUAGGGUAGACCCUCCUUUUGUCGGCUAUGCCAAGCCGUGGAUGGAUCAUGACACUGGCGAUUCAUUUUGCCUAUUCUUCCCUUACUCUCCAGAGCAAUUGUUCCGCACCGCACCCAAGUUGAAGGACAUGAAACCUUACAUUUAUGUUUCUAUCAAUGCUUCAAAGAAAGAACACAGCCAUGUUUCUGGAUCUGCAUCUGCACUUCUUGUCGGGGGAUUUUCCAUAGUUCAAAUGGGAGAGGAUACAACACAGUUGAAUCUGACACCAGACUCUAACACGACGCUCGUAACCAUCUUGGGAAAUACAGAUGUUGAAAUCCACUGGCGCAGCCGGGAUUUGUUAAAGAUAAAACCCGUCCACGAAGAAGGAUUUGGAGCUGCUGGCCAUGUGCAGUAUGAGGUGAAAGUGUCAAGUGCCAAGCGGUUCACCGAUAAAAUCAUCGUCACACUCCCAUCCACCGGUCAAAGAGCAGAAUUGGAUGUUAACUAUGAACCAGAUGAGAAACUUGAACCAAAAGCUACUAUUAAUGUCUUCUUUUGGGCAAAGGUUAUGGUUAAUUGUAAUCACAGUGAUUGUUGGCUUCAUAUGUUUCUUCUACCGACCUCUUGGACGAUCCCAGCCACCACGCACUCUCAAGCCUACUUCAAUCAUACCGGCACCCGUCACACCCGACCGGAGAAGCCCCCUAGGUUUUGA